AUGGAUGACGUUUCAUUUGUGUCAAUGUAUGAUGGACCAAACCAAGGAAGCAUCUUUUGCAAUUCAACCCCAAGAGUGAAUGAGAGUAGAGAUUUUGAUAUAGUUGAUGAUGGUUCAUCUAAUCUUUUGUUGUGGUUGUUGCAGGGAAUUUGUAACGACAGGAGUCUGGCAUUUUAUUUGGUUGGAUAUGAUGAUAUUGGAGGCAUCUCUUGUCGUCGGAUUGGAGAUCAUCCAAAAUAUGCCCCAUUUUUCUGGGUAUCAAAUGCUACAUUUUUGGAAUCUCCCUUUCCUCCUGAAGAAGAAUCAUUGUACGCUGGUCGUGUUCAUGUUAGACCACUUCAACCAGUCAAUGAAAUACUUGAGCAGUUCCUUUUGUUAGAUGAUGAAGUGAUGAAUGGGAUUCAAGAGGUUCGGAUAUCAGAAAAUGUGGUAAAUAGAAUUCUUCACAUUAGAUCAAAUUAUGAUUUAGGUGUUCCAACCGGAAAUCCAAAAAGUGUAGAGGGAAGGAUUUGGCAGUACCAGGAUGGUACUUUUGGAUUUGGAUUCCUUUCCGAUAAUUUGGUUGUACACAUGAAACCUAUUGUACAUAAUGGUUUCAUUGUCGAUACUGUAAAAGCUCCUGCUAAUUGAUUUUCCCUCUUGCACUCUGUACACCUAAACUUUAUGACAUAGUGUAUUGAAUAGGAUGGGAUAUCAAUAUUAUGGAUAUCACAAUGUUUCAUUUCAUUACAUCAUAUUUAUCCCAAUGUUGACAACAAAUUCCUAUUGAUUCUGUUCUUCUCCA